CAGAACGAGGCGGAGGACAUGUUGCGUUGAGAGCUCCCGAGUGCUAAGAACGGCAGCAGCAGCCAGACUCUGCGCGGCGACCCCACGGAGGUCUGCGCUACUUCACGAUAGCAGCAGCCCUCCCGGGAUGAAUCGAAGGUAGUCUGUUGUCCGACCGUGCCUCCUCGGUUGUUUGCCCUCAUUGUCAGCCCCCAUCUGAAACCGCUGUUUGAGACCCCCUCCCUCGCUUGCACGCCCCGACGAGUUCCGGCUGUUGAGUUCUGUGUUGUGUGUGUGUGUGAGCAUCACCUGUGACGACGAUGACUGUCUUGACGGCGUAAGGGCAACAACUAUGCGCUAUCCCUCCCGCACGUCGGAAUGACUGUCGCCCGAAAACUGUUGGAUGAGCGUAGCGUCGACAAACUGAGGGCUCAAGUGGGAUGCUGGACCGUCCCUCGGAAGUCUAUUCGGACCAGAGCUUCAAGAAGAGGCGGCUGGAGAACACUAGCUGUGCCCAGCGCCCGUCGGACUUGGAGCAGAACCAGGUGAGCGACGUCUCGUCGUCUUCGCGGUCCAGCCAGCAGCCGCAGCCGCACUGGGAUGCCCUGGGUGGCGGGGGGGAGCUGAAGCGGGCGGGGCUCAAGCGGCGGGCGCCACCGGACCAUGCUCCUGGGCCGGCCCCAGCAGCCAGCAGACGCCAACCCUCUUCGUCGUCCUCUUCACACGCUGCCUGGACUGGCGGGGGAAGCUCCAGCCGCCAGCACAACAAAGCUGCCACCGUGGCUCCCAACACAUCUAAAGCAAGCACCUCCGAGGGUGACUACCAGCUUGUACAGCAUGAGGUGCUGCAGUCGACCCAGCAUCAGUAUGAGGUGCUGGAGUUUCUGGGCCGGGGCACCUUCGGCCAAGUGGUCAAGUGCUGGAAGAAGGGCACCAACGAAAUCGUGGCCAUCAAGAUCCUCAAGAACCACCCUUCCUACGCUCGCCAAGGCCAGAUCGAGGUCAGCAUUCUGCACCGCCUCGCUCAGGAGCCUGCUGACGAGUUCAACUUCGUACGGGCGUUCGAGUGCUUCUCCCACAAGUCUCACACCUGCCUGGUGUUCGAGAUGCUCGAACAGAAUCUGUACGAUUUCCUCAAGCAAAACAAGUUUUCACCUCUGCCCCUAAAGUACAUCCGGCCAGUGCUCCAGCAGGUGUUGACGGCGCUGCUCAAGCUCAAACAGCUGGGACUCAUCCACGCCGACCUGAAGCCCGAAAAUAUCAUGCUGGUGGACCCCGUGCGUCAGCCUUUCCGGGUCAAGGUUAUCGACUUUGGUUCCGCCUCGCACGUCUCCAAGGCAGUGUGCUCGACGUACCUGCAGUCACGCUACUAUCGCGCACCGGAGAUCAUCUUGGGGCUGCCGUUCUGCGAGGCCAUUGACAUGUGGUCGCUAGGCUGUGUAGUGGCCGAGCUGUUCCUAGGCUGGCCACUCUACCCGGGGUCUUCCGAGUACGACCAGAUUCGAUACAUCAGUCAGACGCAAGGGCUGCCUGCCGAGCAUCUGCUGAAUGCGGCGGCCAAGACUACACGCUUCUUUCACCGGCAGACAGACUCCAACUACCCCUUCUGGCGGCUCAAGAGCCCCGAGGAGCAUGAGGCGGAGACGGGGGUGCGUUCAAAAGAGGCGCGCAAAUACAUAUUCAACUGUCUCGAUGACAUGGCGCAGGUAAAUGUGCCCACCGACCUUGAAGGGGGCGAGCUCCUUGCCGAGAAGGCUGACCGGCGCGAGUUUGUCGACUUGCUGAAGCGUAUGCUGACACUGGACCAGGAGCGCCGCGUUGCCCCCGGUGAGGCCCUCAACCACAGCUUCGUCAGCCUGAGCCACUUGGUGGACUAUGCGCACUGCGCCAACGUGCGGUCCUCCGUCCAGACCAUGGAGGCCUGUCGCCGGCCCGGCACGUCGUCUGCAGCUACCGCCCACUUUGCUCGUGGCCCCUCACCGAGCACGGCCAUCUACGCGACCCAGGGCCGAGCUGCCGCUGCGGCUGCAGCUCCAGGUAGCCUGUGCGUGUCUUCGAUCCUCUGUCCUCCUGGCGGAGCGUACAGCGUGGCUUCACCGGCCAAGCAUGUGGUAGUCGCAGCCGCCGCAGCUGCCGCUGCGGCACAGCAGGCGCCUGCCGCUGCCACCCUUCAGCUGCAGCAGUACGUGCCUGUGUCGGUCGUGGAACAGAAUGGACGCCAGGUGCUGCUGACCAACCCUGUGCAGCCGGCUUGGAGUAGCAACCGACAGAUGCUGGUGCCGGCAACGUGGCAGCCCGCGCCUCGUGGCGCUCCCGCUGCCGUUCUCUCAGAGGACGCCUGGAGCCGUUCCCUGAUGCUGGAGCGUACCGCACUUCUGCCUGCCGAGCGCGCCGCUGCUGCAGUCAUUCCACUAACUGGCGGACCCGCCUGGGGCCACGUGGUGGCUGCUACGGCGGCUGCCCGCCACCAGCCAGCGGCCACUGCCGGACAGCUCAUGGCGGCCCAGCACCACUCCGUGCCUGUGUCGGCCGCCUCGCUUUCGGUCUCGUCUUCCCUCUCCAAGCGGCACACUAAGGCCAGCCGUAGCAGCCUGUACCGGGAGGAUGACCUGUCGCUCCACCAGCAGCAGCAGCUGCAGCCGCUUCCAACCAGCCUGCACUCCUCGUCCCUGCAACAGUCGUCACUGUCCCUGGCAUCGCAACCAUACCGGCACCAGACUCAGCGCCAGGCACCCAUCGCCAUAGAGAGUGGCCACCACCACCGAGGAGGAGGCCACUCGCUGCAGUUGCCUCACCUAGCGCAGACCGUGCACCAGCAGCUGUCUCCCGUCAAGAAGCGCGUCAAGGAGAGCAGCCCACCCAAGUGGGAGGUGGCGGCCAACCCCGUUCUACCUUCAGCCGCAGCACCAGUGUCUGCUGGCCGACACCACGACACACACGGGAGCCGUCCUGUGAUCCAGAGUGGCAGCAGCGGCAAAAUCGGCAGCAAAGAGCGCCAACGCAGCACCAUUGUUAUCCGAGACACUCCAAGUCCGGCCAUCAGCGUCAUCACCAUCAGCUCCGACUCUGAGGACGACCGCGAGUCUCCGGCUUGUUCAUCGUGCAAGGGUGGCCGUGGCUGCCGCCAAUGUGCAAGUCAGCAGCAAGCCUCUUCAGCGUCGCUGCGACCUCUGCAGCCAGCUGCCACUGCAGUGCCCCUGGUGAGCUCUACAUGUGCCAGCGUGGUGCCACUGACACCAGAGGAAGAGAGGGGCUCCUACCAGUCAACACCUCGCCAGAGCUGCGGCAGUCGUGCACGCACCCAGGUGGACAGCUCCAGCUGGAGCCAGCCCCUGGGUCCGUGGGCCGCCCCACUGAUCUCUGAGCUCAGCUCAGAGGCCACUCCGCUGGCCUCGGUUUUCCAACGUCAUGGAAGCUCCACAGUGAUGCUGCCAUCAUCGUCGUCCUCUGGAGGAGGCCAGGUGGUGACCAGCAGUGGCGUCCACUCGUCCUCGCUGCGUCCACGCAUGGCCAGCUGCAUUACGGUGCCCGACUCGGACUCUGAGGGACACUACAGCCCUGCCCGAGCCCUGCCCAACUUCACAACCAGUGUGCUAACGGCCAAGGCCAUCAAGCCCGAGCCUCAAAGGGACCCACUGCCCAUCAGCAGCAGCAGCAGCAGCCUGUGCAGCCAGAAAAAGAGACUGCUGUGCCACCCAGUGGGCGGGAAUGUGGUGGUGACGCCAAAGCGGGAGGUGGACGACGACUGCAGCAUGCAGCUGCGGCCUGCUGCCGUCAAUGGCUACCUCGAAGGGGAGCGCCUUGUCAAGUGCAGCGCUCUGAUGCCCCCCGUGUCGGCAGCCGCCACUCUGGGCCGGCCGCACCUGUCCCCUCUGCAGCAUAUAGGCCAACCGCUGCACCUGGCUCCCAGCUCACAGCCAGAGCUGUACAGGGAGUACUGCCGUCCUACUGUGUACGUCGCUGCCGCCAGCAGCCUCGCCCAGCCUGCUUACCUGCCCCAGCAGGCACCUCAGAAGUACGUCCUGGCCGCCAGUGGAUUCCUGGCUCCGCCUCUGGCACCACCUCCCGCCCAUCACCACAGCCGGGGCCCUGCCCCCGCCACAGCCACGCUGACUGCGGUACCCUACGCAGCCCACCCGCUGCCCGCACACCUGCAGCCUGCGGCAGCAGGCCCCCAGGGGGCAGGAGCCGCCGCGGCUCCGCCCACUUUUCCGGCUGCACCUGCGGCGGCUGUUGCAUCGUACGGCUACGGGCUGAACCCGCUGAGCCCGGGCAAGCCCCAGUACCAACACGUGUAUCAGAUGUUUGGAGAGUGAACCAGAAGAGAAGGGCUUUCAAAGCCAUUUGUGGCCCCUGGCUACAGAGUGUCGACGUGCCGUGAAGAAUGUGAUUUGCUGCUGAGGUGAUGUGCUGCUGGGUCAGCUCUGCAGGAACAAGUGCAGAUAAGGGUGUAUGUACCAGACAUUGUGGACUGUACGCAGUUGGCUCCCACUGGUAGCUUGUGGACCUCGGGUGACUUUUUACACCCACAACCAUUUAUUCUGUUCAGUUUCUCAUUUUCCUUGUACACAAGCACACACCUGGCAGUGGUUCCAGCCCAGUUUAUGUAGCACCCAGGGCGAAAAAGUCUUGUUUUGCCUCUUUACGUGCCGCAUGCCCCACACGUUCAGCCUUCAAGGCUUUUGUCAUUAUGUUUUGCUGAGGGCUUGCCUGCUAGAAUUACUAGCUCCUGGUGUGGCCCUCUCGGGAACAUUUAUCAUCUGCUCCCACCACGGGUAUACGCCUGUCUGCACAGUGGAUACAUGUGCUCUUAGUCAAGUAUGGAGUACAGAACUGUUGCUUGAUUUUUCUUUUUCUUGACCUGCUUGCUGCCUCGCAGCAUUAUCCCGAUGGCUGUCCUCAUGGCCAUCUACAUUUGACGGAGGAUAUUGUUUUGUGAUGCCAAACAAUGUAUUUGUUUUGCCUGCCUGGUGUUUGCUUGUGUUUGGGCAAUGUGAUCACUUUGCGCACCAAACUACCGACGUUUGUUUCUCUGCGUGUGUGUGUUUGCCGUUGUGUUGGUUGGCCUGGCUGCUGCUCUCAGAGUUGCCAAGAGUGCAGGCACGAGGUUUAGUUGCACGGGAACACUGCGCUACAUAUUCUAGCUUCUGCGUGUUGAAUUGGAAUGACUUUGAGGGUGUCAUUCAUAACCCAAGCAGCUGCCUUCCUGCAGCUGUGCAUUGCCAGGGUUGAGCAUGAAACUGUGAGAGCUAUGUUGUUAGCUACGGUGUGUAUCGGGCAGGUGUGAUUUGCACCUCAAACUUCCCCUACUAUUCGAACAGUUUUUUGGCUCAUGAGAAUCGUGGCCUAGCUCGAGCACUCCUGCCAACAGCACCUUGCCUACUGUAGUGUUGGUCACUGUGCUUUGUGUAGUGAACUGUCUCUGCCAUGAGCUUCUGUGAAUGUGCGACGAUGUGAGUGAGGUGCCAGUUUAUUUGCAGUCACGACCACCAUGCAGAGACCACGACAUGCGAGGGAAGUAUGAAAACCUGACGAGCAGAGACGCUCCUUGGGUGCUGAGACUUCUCACCCGUUGGGGCUUUUUGCAUCAUAGCAGCAGGAACACCCCCUUUUUUGUAGCAUUAGUGGAGGAAUUUAGAGCAACCAUUCCAUCUCUAUCAUUGCAAGUCAAAUGCUGUCAUCCACAAUUUCCUGUAGUUUAUUUCUGCCGAACAGCAGCAUUUGCACCUUCCCGCGCCAGCUUUUCUCGUGUGAACUGAACGUCGUGUGCCUUUCUCUCCCAGCCUCCAUCGCAAUUCUUGUUGUGUUCACUAUUUUCCUCUUGCCAGGGUGGCCACGAAACAGGCCAGCUCGGGCAUUGCGUGCAUUGCUGUGAGCAAGCACCUAAUGUAAAAGACAAAUUCUAUUUCCAUCACUCUACUCUAUAAACAAGCCAGAUGUAUUUUUGUGAAGUGCCUCUCUACCUUAGAGCUGAAUGUAGCAGAUGUAGUCGUCGUAGUUUCUAGGGCCACGUCCCCCAUAAGCCAGACGUUGGUGUGCACUGCCCGAGGGAGCAGCUUUUGUGCGUGUUUUGCCUCAUUAGCAUGCGUACUCUCUCCAUGCGGCUUCUAGAAAGGUUGUUGCCCUUUAGACCAGGGAACGGUACGUUGACACCAGGUUUUACAGGGUUGUUUGUUGUAUUAGGCCGCUACCCUCUGUGUCCCUUUGCAUAAUCGGGAUACAGCUGUGGCUUUGAGUUAAAUGCAAAAAGCUUUUUUUGUUCCUAUGCUGAUUGUAUUUCCGCUUUUGUUUGAACACGUAGAGAGAAACAGUGUGUGCAUGUGCUGCCACAAAAAUUGGCUAGAAAAUAGAAGAAAAAAAUAUGAUAAGUAUAGUAGCACAUCUGUGAUGAUGGUCAUCAUAUGCAUUUUGCUUGUACAAAGCUUAUUAGGGCAGGUGAUUGGUUAUGUCAGGUGUUGCUUAGAGGCUAAAAUAUACAAAGUUGUGCCGUAUGAAGCUGUAGAUUGUGCUUUGGUUGGAAGCAAUACACUUUUUGCGUGACAAGUGCGGGCAAUUACUGUUUGUUCGUACCAGACCGUGCUACUAUUCAAGUUUGUUCCUCGAGUAGUCAACUGUCAAGGCAGUGCAAGGGAAAUGAAAAAAAAAAAUGCAGCGAUUCACUGUGCUGAGAACAUGCAUUUAAGGUAUUGUGCUGUAGGGCACGCACUCUUCGUUGCAGCAGGGAAAUGUUUUUUAAAACAAGGACGCGUGAGGAGGUGGCCUAGGCCAACACCUGGUCGUAGUGUGGCUCAGUAGUGUUGACGAGGGAGGUUGCACAAAGUGCCAUUUCUUUUUUUUUCUCUUUUUCAAGUGACUUCUUUUUUUUCCCCCUUUGUUUUUAACUCACUCUGCAGUGGCAUGGUGUGAUGGUGGCACAUUUUCCGGGAAUGCACAAUGGCGCUUUAGAAAUGUUGUACUUUGCAGUCGUGCACCCUAAGUGCAUGCUUUUGUGUGCCUAUUUCUCAAGAAACAAAAAAGGUGCAUUGUUUUUCUUUUCGUAAUGGUCACAUUAGUGUUGAAAGCCCGCUUUUCCUUCCUUGCCUGGCAAUGCUGCAGCAAUCUUGCAUAGAUAAAAUUUUUUUUUAAUAUUUUUGUAUUGUACAUCUUUUGAGCUUCAUCUCCAGAGCUUCUUUGUUUUUGCGCAUUUACCUAUUGUGUGAGCUGCAUAUCGCCUUCUUCCUCAUUCUUUGUUAGAAUACGUGCCUUGUUUUUCUGUUUUAUUUACAGUUCUUGUGUUUCUUGAAUGGAGCAGUUGCUCGUGACAAAAUGCUGGGGACGUCUUUCCCACGGUGAUAAGUUGGCACCACUCCCAUAGCUGCUUUUUUUCCGUUAACUGCGUCAAUUUCAGUUUCAUAUUAUCUCCCCCCCUCCCACGAUCCAUCUGCAUUUGUGAUGGUGUACAUAUAAUAAGCACAUUUCAAAUUGCUUGCCUCAUCCCCCCCCCCCCUCCCUUUUGGGAACAGCAGCAUGCUUCGAGAGGUCAGGGAUGCCCACACAUUUAUCUAUACUGUACAUAAUAGAACGUCACUGUUGCAUUCUAUACACGUUAUACACUGUGAGCAUAAAUACUAUAUUAGUGUACAUGUCUGUACGUCCCACAGCAAAUGGGCAAAGUAUAGGGGUUCACUAUCGAUGGGAUGGGCACUAGCGUUAUGGGUAGGAUAGGGUUGGGGGGGUCUACUGCGAUGUGGUGGGACGGGAUUUAUUACUAUGCCUUUUUUGUUGUUGUUGCUGUCCUUUCUUGUCAUUUUUUUUUAAGCAGAAAGCUUGUCCCGAGCUAAAGGGUGAAUUCCGCGAUAAAUUAGCUUGUGACUGUCUCAUCUAACGAUGAUGGUACAGGUUUUGAUUGUGUCGAAGAGGAUGACGCGAUGUUCAAGAGUUUUGCUCCUGUAUUUUGGUGGAAAUCAGCACCUCGCAUUUUUGCUGCGCCUUGCGAUAUUGUUGGCCUGCUGUCUAUCUGCUUUCUUGGUCCGAGUCUCAGAGACUGUCUUCUGUCUAGUCUCUACCCUCUUAUUCUGUAUGCAUAAACAGCAUAUGUUAUAUACUAGUCUUGAAAGCAAACAAAAAAAUGGUAAUAUUACUAUCUAAAGAGUGACUAGCUUUUUGCCUUUUCGUUUUCUUGUUUUCAUGGUGAGGCUUCAGGUGUGUUUGCUGCACACAUCUGUACUUGUGGUGCCACCUGUUAGUCUCUUUGCUGUUCUCUAGCAUUUUCUUUUAAUCAUUGGUAUUGGCUUUGUUCUGAAUUGUAGGUGCAGUGUUGACAGAGUUGUUUUGUUCAUUUCUUCCCUGCCUUCAGAUAGUACACAUUUUUAAGGUGUUUUUUUUUCUAGGGAGGAAUAUGGGAAUAGAGCCUAGCUGGGUAUGUUUACUUUUUGUUGGGAGGGCUACAAAGGGGAUAAACUGACUACCAAUGUUUGUGUACAAGCUUGUGACGUUUAGCAUCUAUUAUGACUUGCUAAAAAAAACUUGAAAAAAAUCUGAAACAGAGUUGUAGUGUAGCUGUCCUCUAGGUUUUCAUUUGUGUUGUUGUUCUAUUCCCAAUUUGGGCAUGUGUGUAUUGUGUGUGUGUAUGUGGGCGCAUGUUUUUAGCAGUGUUGACUACCGUGUACUCUGUUGUUCUUGUUCUCCUGUUGUCUGGCUGUGACUUGCAGGUGUAAAAUGCACAUCUUUUUUUUUCUCUACCUUUCGCUUCCUUCUAAGUUGUCAGUGUUUAUAAAAGUACAUAAUAGAUUUAGUAUUCGCGAGUGUGUUUUUGUUCGCUCUUGUGUGUAUUAUGUGGGUAUGGCCAGAUGCCUGUUCACUAUUAAAGAAUCGAAGAACUGGUUGA